AUGUUAGAUAAUGAAUGCAUAUCGAGAAAAAACAUAUUGACAUUCGAUGAAAAAUUAAAAGUUGUCGAUACAAUAAAUCCGAUUAAAGAUUUUAAAAAGUUUAGUUUUGUUUGGUAUUUUUUACACAAAAGCUGUUACAAAAUUACUAAUUUGAAUGAAAAACAAGUUGUCCAUUUACUGUUCUUACUUUCGAAAUUUAAAGAAGUGCCCAAAUUAAUGAGAUUCGGCAUUCAAGAUGAUUUAAAAAAUCGAAUAAAAUAUAUGAAUGUAAAUGAAGUGGGAAUAAUUUCAUUUUCUUUAAGUAAAAUUAAUAUUGCACCUUCAAAUGUUGAAUUAUUGUUAAAUAUCAAUGAGAAAAUCAUGUCUGAAAUUAAUGAUGUUAAACCUGAAAUUAUAAAAGCUUUUUCCAUGAUUAAUGAAUUUGCUCGUUAA